AUGGAGACUCCUUUUCAUCAGGGAGAUGACUGGCAGAAGCUGCUCGCCCAAGGUCACGCAGCGGCCCCGAGACGGGGCUGGACUGCAACCGCGCGCUGCAGGGGGUCCGCGGGCCAGUGCCGCCAGACCAUGAUCUCCACUAGUCCACCGGCUGCGGAAGGAGAGUGGCGGGCCCCCGACUCCCUCCAAGCGGCAUGCCUCGGAAGCCCCGCAGGCGGCCUGGAGAGUGCAGUCCAGAGCCAAGACCCGCUCUCCCGGGGGAGAUCCCCUCAGAAGCGUGGCGGGCCAGGGGCGCGCGUAGAGGGCGCGGCGAGGGGGCGGGGCCUCGGGGACGGGGCGGGCCGAGGGCGCGCUGGGGGAGGCCUCUGUGAGCCUCUAGGGGUUGGGUCCGCAUCGUCGCCGCUAACAGCACGAGGGUCCCGCCGGAGUGUGCUUUCGCCGCCCCGGAGCCUUUCGGCCCAGUUGUCGGCCCGCACGUCCCCGCCCGGUGCCCUCCCGGUCCCCGCCCCUCCGCGUCCCGGGACUACGCUCGCUCCGUGUGGAGCUCCGCGCGCCGAGCGUUCGGAAAUGCCCCGCUACGAGCUGGCUUUGAUUCUGAAAGCCAUGCAGCGGAUCGCUGGAGCUGCUCUGACUCCUGAACUCUUCGAAGCCCAAUUCUCAAGAUUUUCCUUCACACCUCCAAAGACUGCUGCUGCUUUGAAACGUACGCUAGAAGCCCUGAUGGACAAAGGAGCCAUAGUACGAAACUUGGAAAACCUGGGUGAGCGAGCACUUCCUUACAAGAUCACCGCUCACAGUCAGCAGCACUGGAGAGGAGGGUAUUUCUUGGUGGAUUUUCAUGCACCAACAACAACUGUGGAGAGUAUAAUGGAGCACUUGUCUCGGGACAUUGAUGUGAUUAGACCAAAUAUCGUAAAACACCCUCUGACCCAGGAAGUAAAAGAGUGUGAAGGCAUUGUCCCAGUCCCACUUGAAGAAAAAUUAUAUGCCCCAAAGAAGAGGAAGUAAGAAGAACCACAGGUUUUAACCUUUUGUUGACUUCUCUCACACCAGAGGAUCCUGGAUGAUGAAUUUACCAAUAAUACCUUUUGUCAAGAACUUUGUUAGGAGUACCAUUUGUGUUUUCAAGGGUGCCUUGCUUUGGGUCCCUUUUUGGCAAGAAGGGGGAAAACUGCUGACCGAGAACCCUCUAUAAAUCUGUGGUGCUGCAUGUGAUUCCUGAUUUUGUUUCCAUUAGUGUAAUUUCUUUGUUAGUGUGGUCAGCAAUACCAUUCUGAAGAGCAAAACAUAAAACUGCCUUGGAUUGCAAGGCAAUCAGAGUGUGAGUUAACCAUGCAAAAAUAACAACCCCUGUAUUAUAGGGAUGACUUUCAGUCAAAGAAAUAAACAUGAUUUUAUAAACUCCA